CUGACCGGAUGACUACCUUCGCUUUCAGACCUGUUGACACACAGACAGAUUCCACCGACCAGCUGAUUAAGAAAACUGUGCAGAGACUAAAUUAAUGCCAGAGAGCUGUUACUGAUGGUCUGUCUGUCUGUCCAUGUGUCCAUCUUUUUGUUUGUUUAUCUGAGCAGUUAAAGGUCUUCCUCGUCUGAAUUCAUCCUCAGCAUCUGUCCUCUCUGAGCGACUGGAUAAAAGAGAUGGGACCUCGUACAGCAGUGGCUCCUUCUAAGGAGGUGAAGGUUGCUGGCGGUAGACAAUGUGGAGGUCAGGGAACAGCCCGGCUGAGGAGCUGCAGUGAUGGCAGCAGAUACAGCAGGAGAGGAGUCAGCCUUCACAACUCCACUUCUUCCCCAGUGCUCUACAACCCUAAAUCAGUCCUGAAGAGACCAGUGAGCACAGACGAGCUGCAAACACCAGGAGGACCCUACAUGAAGAAAACAUUUACAAUUGUGGGUGAUGCAGUGGGUUGGGGAUUUGUGGUAAGAGGAAACAGGCCGUGUCACAUUCAGGCUGUGGAGCCCUGUGGCCCAGCUGCUGCUGCUGGGAUGAAGGUUUGUCAGUUUGUGGUUUCAGUCAACGGGCUCAAUGUUCUCGAUCUGGACUACCGCACUGUCAGCCACCUGAUCCUAACAGGACCCAGAACUGUGGUGAUGGAGGUGAUGGAGGAGACCGACCACUGAGCAAUGAAAGAAACACUGAUGGAUGGACAGUACAGCAGAAGCUGCGAAUGGCUUUUAUGAAACAGUUACUUAUACAUGUGUUGUUUUCUUGAAAGAACUGCAAGAAUAUAGAAAUGAAACAAGAGGAAACGUUGUCAGGAAUGACAUGGGAAACAUUCUGUGUUAAAAUUAUUGUUGAUGGAGGGUGUUUUCAGAUUGCUUGACUGACAAUUAACUUUAAGAUCAACACUCUGGACGAGAAUAUCUGUCAGUUCUGUAUAGUAGUACUCAGGGGUGCAGUGCCAUUUGUUUAAGUACCGGAUCGCACCUAUUACAAAUGAUGAAGCAUCAUACAUCAUUGCAUGUGCAUGUUAAGUUGCGGCUCGUUUCAAACAUUAUGUAACCAGUAUUUCUACAGUGGCAAGUUUUCAUGCAUCAGCAAUCUAUAACUGACCACAGUAUUAAAUGUUAGACAGACUUUAUAAAAGGUUUCAUGAUAUUAAGAAUAUUGUGCGUCAGUCAUCCAAACAUCAAGCUAAGUAGUAUUAGGCGAUAUUGUCCAGCACUGUAGCCACUUGUGCAUAGGGAUGGGAAAAGCCAGAGGACUCACGAUAUAUUAUCACAAUACUUAGGUAACAAUACAGCAUUACUGCCAUAUUGCAAUAUAUUGCAAUUUAUUACCUUUUUGCCAACUGCAAAUUAUUUCCCCGAAGGAAAACUUUGUCAACAUCAGUUAUACCUCCAUAGAUAAAAUUUUCAGUCCGUUCAUCUGAUUUCAAUCAAUUUCAUUGCAGCAAAAUGUGAUGCAAAGCAGACAGACUGACCAACACCGUCAUAAACCCUGCUGCAUACAUUUGACAAACUGAACUGUUGGCAGAUUUAACACCCUUUGCGAGGCCAGGUAGUCCUCUGUGAGAUAAUGUGCCAUUAUAGUCACAUAUGAAUCCACUGACCUUGAAGGUGUCACAAGUUAAUGUCACCCUUCCUAAUGUACUCAAAGAUUCCUCAGCUUUGUGCUUCACCUCUCUGUAGAACUUGGGUACGGCUAUGUCGGUGAAAAAACGUGGCACAUACCUGAGCACAUACCAUCUUUUUAGCAUGUCACAAAAGUGUUUUCAGUGCUGGCUGACUUUUUGGGUGGAGCAAGUUUGGUGUUAACCUGGCCGUCAGCAGCUAAUGCUAUCUCUGGAUGGUGGCGUGUGAGGUGAGCCCUCGUGUUUGUAGUAUUCCCAGAGUAUUUUAUUCACAUAUGACAAUGAGAAUGAAUGAUGAAGGUGCCUCCAUCUUUGUUUUGAGGAACUUCCUGCCAAAUGCAGCUGACUGAGACCUCUGCUGACCUUACCAGGGGAAAAAAAAAAAACAUUAUCUAGUGGACCAAAAAAGCAACUGAUUUUAUUAUUCUAGUACCAAAAGUUGUAUUAAUAUGUGUCCUUGCAAACAUUUAUUUUGCAUAUAAUAGAAGAUCAAUACUUAGUGCCUGUGUAUCGACACAAUAUCGCCACGCAAAAUAUAAAUAAAAUAGAAAAUUUUCCCCCACCCCUACCGGUGCACCCUCACUCAUUUUAAAUGCAUUUUGUUCUGGAACUGGACCUGUGUCAUCAUCUUUAACGCUAAUGAACUACCUAGCAUUAGUAGAAGCCAACCUGUUACCUAUCCUGAAUUGGGUGUGGGCUUAGUUUUAUUGUUUCUUAACUAAAGUUACAUCAUCAAAAACUUUCAACUUUUUAACUAUUCCCAAAAAAGAAAGGAUGUUUUAAAGAGAUUUGUUUGAGGGGGUGUGCACCUAAUUGAUAAGUGUGUCAGCCUAUCACAGUCAUCAUGGUGACUGUUUGGGACAGGCAUCUAUAUGGGACAAGCCUUCAGUUCCUCUCACACAAAACUGCUGCAAAGAUGGGAAAUAUCAUCAAACUGUUAAUUUGAACAAGUAUAAAGAUAAUUUGUAUAAAUAUUAGGCAUCAAAUAACAUAUAAAUGAUAUGUUACAAUAUGAAACUCAUUUUACGGCACUUGAGGAUUACGGUACCUGACAUAUAGACACAGCACCACUAAAUCCUGUUAAAAACAAUAUUCAUAAGUUGGAUUAAUGUCAUGAAAAACAGUUUUGAUUUUUUUGAUUGUUGGACCCUUACGGACUAAAGGAAUGUAAAUAACUUACUGGGUGUUUUUGUAAAUCUGAGUUACAGAGCUAAUAAUGUGUAGCAACACCAUACUGACAAAAGUUUAAACAUUUAUAUUUGCAUGUACGAUCUUAAUGGCUAACUGCUCUAGCUCAAGUGGGUAGCCAACAGUCUGUUUUUAUACAUCCGAAGAACUUCCAUAAAAAUUAACUUCCUGACAACCAGAAAAUAGAAAAGCUGUCAUGAGCUGGGCAACCUCUCCAUACUACAUGAUCCUAGAAACACCUGCAUUGUGUUGUCUUAGAAACUGACCCUGGAAGUGAUCAUGCUGUUGACAUCACUUCAACUGUUGGUGUUUCUUUAGUUGGGGGUGGGGUUGGACUUUUAACCCCGUGUGCCACCUCACUGCCUCCUCCAAACACAAACACAUUACCUGCAUGUAUCACAGCAGCGUUUACACUCCCCUUUUCCUCCUCUGUGUUGACUUUUCCAUCCACUACCUGCAACGGAGUGUGAGGACCGUGUGAAGUACAUCAACAACUUAAGGAAGCACACUUAAGCUGAAGUGCUUUGUUUUGAAGUCUCUCUCAGGUUAUUCCUUUUUCUUUUUUUUACCUAGUUUUUGGGAUUUUUUUCUGUUCAUGUGUACAGAUUUGAUAAUAAUGAAAUAUCUCUCAGGAGGCACCGUUUUAUUCUCUGCAGGGUGAUUCUAGGGACUCAGUGAGUCUCUCAGCUCUUCUUGCAUCUUUAAUGAUGAUUUUAAUAGAGGCAGUUAGAAGUAUCACAGCUGGAUAUUAUUUAAAAUAUCAGGCACUGAGGAUUUUAUUAAGAAACUAAAUAUCUGUAUUAAAGUUAGAUCCCAUUGUGUAAUACAGAAUUAAAAGCAUACAAUAAGUCUGUUAGAGUCUUAUCAAUAUUUAAUAUUCCACUUUAAUUUCAAUUUUGUAAAUACUACUGUUAUGUAUAAUGCUUUGAAUUGCUUGCUUUGUCAUCUUUUUCUCUGUUUUAUUUCUUCACCUCUUGAAGUAUAGCCUGGAAAUCCAGACUCAAAUCUGGAAAGAUUGUCUGGCCCUCACCGAUACACCCUUUCUACCCAAGUGGCAGCACUAACUGAGGCAUUUCAAAUGUCGGCACAUGCAAUUGGAUAGCACAAUGGCCAAUCAGAGCAAAAAACAAGGUGAUGUAUCCAUUGCACUAAGCCCCGUUUGUUUGCCGACCAGUGGGGCCAACUGAUAUAUUAUGCUUUUACCCUAUCCCGUCAGCAAAACAGCAAAAACUUCCUUCCUGGAAUGAAGGUUUUUAGGGCAGUCUUCUGUUCUUGUGGAAAAGAUAAGUGUAGUUGGCUUAGCGUUUCUUCCAAAGCUAAAUUGAAUGGACGCUGUCCUUUGGCAGCAGCCAUCUUGGCUGUUUACUUUUCAACUCCUAUGGCGCAGUGCUGUCAUCAUCAUGUUACGCCCGCCUCUGUCAGAUCUAAUCUGAUUGGUCCGACUGGCGAUUCAACAGGCUCCGCUCGUCGGGGCCAGAUUCCCACUCUACUUGACAGCCACUCCCACCUCAUCAGCCCAACUCCACUCACCUGCAAGCACAGCUGCAGCUCAUCUCCAAUCAGCCCAGCAUAUAAGCCUCACUCACCCUUUGCCAGAUUGUUCUUCACCUUGAUACAAGACUUUCCAGUGUUCUUAACCUGUCUGAGCUCCCAUUGCAGUAGUGAUGGUGAGAUGAAGCCUCAUGAGGCAUUGAAGCUUUCCAGCAAUUUGGUUCAGAAAAGGGUUCAUUUCUCGAGGCUUCAUGUGCACAUGAAACCACCUGCUGGCCAAAGUGUAUAAGACAGGCAGCUGUGAUCUUAACCAUGUAAUCUGUGAUACACUGUAUUUUGUGUCAGUAACAGCUGUUGGGAAUGACUAUAAAUAAGGGAAAAAAAAGUAUUACCAUAAUUUGUUUAAUUCAAUAUAGUGUAAUUUCUACUGAGUAUAUUAUGACUAUACUAUAUCAAAUCCACGUAUAAUAAUCUGUAGUUGUUUUGUGAAUGCUUCCUGUGUGUGUAAACCAAUUAUUUGGCCAAAAAUUGUAUUGUAGUGUUGUCACAUAAUAUAAUAAUGGCAGGAGGGGUAAUAUUUAUGUACUGUAUCACUUCUGGAAAAUGUCAUUGGUUUAAGCAGGCAGAGGACAGUGAAAGUGCUUGU